CGUCGCGCGGCCAAGACAAUGGCUGGAGGCAAAGCUGGGAAAGACAGUGGGAAGGCCAAGGCUAAGGCAGUGUCCCGCUCACAGAGAGCUGGGCCACAGUUUCCUGUGGGCCUAAUCCACAGACACUUGAAGACUCGCACCACAAGCCAUGGACGGGUGGGUGCCACUGCUGCUGUGUACAGUGCGGCAAUUCUGGAGUACCUCACAGCUGAGGUGCUGGAGUUGGCAGGUAAUGCUUCCAAGGAUCUCAAAGUAAAGCGCAUCACUCCACAUCACUUGCAGCUUGCAAUCCGAGGUGAUGAGGAGUUGGAUUCACUUAUCAAAGCUACCAUAGCCGGGGGCGGUGUGAUCCCACACAUCCACAAAUCUCUCAUUGGAAAGAAGGGACUGCAGAAAACAGCUUAGGAAC